AUGUCUAGUAGAUUUUUGUUUGAAGAUCCUUCCCCAGAGGAGGCAGAGCUUGGAGAUCCGAGCGAGGGUCCAUCCAUCACUCUGGCUGAGAAGGGUGUUUGUGAGGGAUACGAGAAGUACGGAUAUAACGGAGAGGACUUUAUAUCACUGGAUGUAAAGCAGAUGAGAUACGUCCCUCACACGGCAGACGCAGCCCCCAUCGCAGACAUCUGGAACAAACGGAGAGAUCGGAUUGACUUUGUAAAGCACUACUUCACCAAAGAACUACCUGAUUAUCUGAGGAUGGCUGCGCCCUAUCUGAAGACAACGGUUUUCCCUGACGUCUAUCUGCUGCAGAAGAACUCCUCCUCUCCGGUGGUGUGUCUUGCUACAGGGGUCAACUCCAGUGCAGUGACGAUGACCUGGCGAAAAAAUGGACAGGACCUCCAUGAAGACGUGGAUGAAGGAGAGACUGUACCCAAUGGAGAUGGAACAUUCCAGAAGAGAAUUUCCCUCAAAGUGGAGACUGAAGAGUGGAAGGAGAACCAGUACCACUGUGUGGUCCAGCAUGAGAACUGGAAGACGAUGAUCAUCAAAAACAUAACCGAAGACGAGAUCAUGCAUAAUGUGCAGACGUUUCAGUGGAUAUCUCACUGUGUUUACGAUGAUCAGAAGGGUGUUUGUGAGGGAUACGAGAAGUACGGAUAUAACGGAGAGGACUUUAUAUCACUGGAUGUAAACCAGGCGAGCUACAUCCCUCACACGGCAGACGCAGCCCCCAUCGCAGACAUCUGGAACAAACGGAGAGAUCGGAUUGGCUUAGUGAAGCACUACUUCACCAAAGAACUUCCUGAUUAUCUGAGGAGGGCUGCGCCCUAUCUGAAGACAACGGUUUUCCCUGACGUCUACCUGCUGCAGAAGAACUCCUCCUCUCCGGUGGUGUGUCUUGCUACAGGGGUCAACUCCAGUGCAGUGACGAUGACCUGGCGAAAAAAUGAACAGGACCUGCAUGAAGACGUGGAUGAAGGAGAGACUGUACCCAAUGGUGAUGGAACCUUCCAGAAGAGGAUUUCCCUCAAAGUGGAGACUGAAGAGUGGAAGGAGAACCAUUACCACUGUGUGGUCCAGCAUGAGAAGAUGAUGAUCAUCAAAAGCAUAACUGAGGAUGCAAUUAAACAUAACCUAAAACACAGAACACGCGUGACUGCCAUCAUCAGCACCAUCGUCUUUUUACUUCUUUUACUACUUUUAUCUUUUUUGAGGAGACUCCACAGAGGGUCUCCUAAAAGCUCUUGAACGUGAACAAAUUCUGUAGCCCAGAAGACAAAUGGAGCUGGAAGUCUGUGGAGAGAAUUUUAAGAUGGUGUUUCCGUUUGUUAUUAAUGUUUGCUGCUUACUUUAUUGUAGACAGUGAAGUGUUAGCUGUUUAGGUACCUUCACUACUGCACUACUCUAACUCCUGUAGACCUGCUAGGGGCUUUGCAUUGAGUCAAACUCAAAGGUUCUGUGAAAUGGUCUAAUGGGCCAAACAAUCCCCAGAGAACGCAAAUCUGGAGACAACCUUUAAAAAAAAAAAAAUUAGCGCUGAAUUGUUCUGAAUGCUACCACAAAUGAUACAGCGGCAACUGAUUUUCCUUCAAAAACCCGCCCCUAAGUUUCACCAAUUAAUGCAGUUUUCAUCUGGAGUACCAGUAAUUGCCAAAAACACAUUUUGCUGCUAGCAAGCAUUUGGUCUUCAGAAUAAAUGUUUUGGGAAAGCUUAGUUUUCUGAGGGUUUAUAUGAGGUUCGGAAUGGUUUCCUGCAUUCCAAACCUCAUAUGAACCUCAGUACCUCAUAUGGACCUCAAUACCUCAUAUGAACCUCAGUACCUCAGUUGAAGACAGUAUCUCAAAUAGUUGGAAGACUACCUCAGGAGAAGAGAUGUCUUGGCUUGUUUGCACGUUGUUUAGCUCAAAUGUAGCUGCCAACAUCACACUUACUCCAGCUGUAUCGUCACAACUGAGAAAGGCAGUGACCACAGAGCUUCUGGUAACCUGUCGGUCACUUUUUGUCGUUGAAAUGAUGUCUUCUGAAGCUAAAGUGGGUUCUAAUUCAGUAUAUCUAUCAUAAGGUAUUGGAUUGGUUUAGAAGUGUCAAAUUCAGUGUGCACUGUAAUACGUAAACACUCCCAUAAAUAAAUAACUAAAGAAAUAAUUGGGCAAAGCCUGAAUGGGACAUGUUAUAAUUUGUUGUUAAGGCAUUCAAAAGUUUAAGUCAGUAAAUUACCGAGAAAUAAACAGACAUAGUGAUUUCGUAUGUGAUAGCUUUUCACUUUGAUUUCUUUAAAUGCUGAAGUCUUGUGGGUAAACUUGCAGACUGCCUCUUACAGAAAGAAUAGUCAGUAUUUUUCACUCAGCAUUGGUGGCUUUAAACCGGUCAAAAACAUUGCUGAGUUAGCUUGUGUUUAAUGUGAGACCACGUACUCUGUAAGGUUUAAAUCUGAAUUCAAAGCAGGACAAAAGCAUGAGUAAAACGCCAUUAGUUCAUUGGGCUUGGCCCGUUAUAUAAUCCCACCCACAUUCGCUUGUUCACCCAAGAGAUGUCUCCAGCUAUGUGUUCAUGUUACAAGAUCUGUCUUGUCCCAGACUACCACUCACAACACCAAACCAACCUCAGUACUCAUUGAAACAGUGCCCUAGAGAUGCAGGAGUUUUUAUAUAUAUUUUAUAUAUAUUUUAUUAUUUUUAUUCUUUUUAUUCUUUUAUUUCAUUACUGUAUUCUUUCAUUACUUUCUCAACUGAGAAAGUCCAAAAUGUUUUCAUUUGUCUACAAAGUAUAUUCAUAGUGCUGUUUUUUCCCCCAAAUUUGAUGCACUUGAUUCAUUUGCUUGUCCUUAAUUAGGGUCGUUCCACUAUUGGUGACCACUGGUAUAGUGCUGAACCAUAGUGACCCAAGUCAAGGCAUGCAAUAACAUUAAUCGAAUCAGUAUUUAUUAACCCCCCCCCAAUUACAAUAGCUAGUCCGGCUGUUGGUAGUUACCAUACCUGUUACCAACCUGUCGAAUCCGGUCAAAACCUAACUCUGUUACCAAAAAAGUGAUAUGGUAGAGUGAGGAAUCACUUUUGAGCCUAUUCUUCUUUGUUAUUUUAUCACAUUUCAAAAGAAAACUCUACCUCUGUAUUGACUCAAACACUGCCUUAGCUGUAUGAGGGAGUCAUGUUUUCAUCCUUAAAAAUUGUGAAAAAAAUAAACACUAAAACUUAAACUAAAACACCACAAUAAUCAAAUACCAGAAAGACUAGAGUGCUUUAUGGUGGACACGUCCUUUCUUAGCACAGCAUGUUUCUAUAUGCUUCUCUUUGUAGGACUUUUUAAACUAUUAAGUUUGUAUGUACUUUUAUGUUUUUCUGUGUCUUCUUGAAUGUGAAUGAACUGAUUUCAGAUAUGAAGUGAUUUACAGUAGAUCACUUUUAUUAACUGAGUUCUCUGUUUUUGAAAUGUAUCAAUUUUUUGUUAUACUUGUGUUACUUCAAGUUCGAAAGUUUACAGAGACCCUGAGGGGCAGUCACUGAUAUAAUAAAAUACUAGUUUUUAAA